AUGAGGAGUGACGUGGUGACUUCGUCCCAUGCCUGGCCCCCGCGUCCCCCCUUGUCCACUCCCCGAGCUCCACGCCCUCCCCCCACGCCCCAGUCCUCCCCCCACCCGCGCUCUGUGGCUGUUGACCCGCCCAACUGCCGCCUCUGCACCCCAGGUUCCUGUGGUGGUGCCAUGUGGCCGGCGCCCACACUACUCCUCCUGGGCCUGAGCCUGGGCCUGAGAAGCCCAGCGCCACCCUCGGAUGUUCCUGGGACCCCGGACCCUGUCCCAGGGACGCCCCCCUCGCCGUCGGGGCAUCCGCCCUUCGCACCCCGCCAGCUCGAGGCCGCCCCGGGCCUCAGGGCGCACUGGGGCCGGGCCCGCAGCCGCCUGCAGCCCCGCUCCGCUGGCCCCCGGCCCCACGCGGGCUUCGCGGCUGAGAUCAGGUGUCCCCCACUCGGCCCCGAGCCGCUGACCCUGGAGGCUGUCAACUCCUCCCCCAAAGCCAUGGAGUCUUCAGUGUCCUGCCAGAUGAAGCCCUGCCUCAUCACCCAGGUCAAGAUCAGCAGGGACAAAAAGCUCCGGUCAGUGCAGCUGCACCGGAAGACGGAGAUGACCCUUAAUGCCAUCGGGGCCAUCGACUGCCCAGAUGCCAUCUCCUUCAACCAGCACUGGGAGAUCUUUUCCGUGCCUUCCGUACAGCACGUGCCCGACUGGACGCGACCUCUGGAUGUUCCGCAACUCCAAACGAGGACGAACUCCUCAGUGCUGCACAUCCCCAAGUCCUCUUUAACCUUGGGCAUGUAUGUGGUUCAGUUCGUCGUGACAGUCACCACGUCUGAUCCAGUAAAUCCCUUGGCCAAAGGCUCUGACCACUUCUACCUCCAGGUUGUUAGGAGCCCUCUGAAGGCCGUUCUUCUUGGGGAUCACACAGUGAUAAUCAGUUUCACAGAUGGGCUGGUUCUGGACGGUUCAAAGUCCUUGGAUCUAGAUGCUGAGGAUCCAUUUGAGGGGCUCAAUUUUUUUUGGUUCUGCACCACAGAAAUGGGACAUUACCAAGCAGAGAAAAUCAUACUGUAUAGUCCAUACACUUGCCUCCCCGAGCAAAAGGACCUGCACUGGCCCUGGGACCCUGGCCCUGUGCUCACACUUUUACCAAAAACUUUGAAAGGGAACCGUGCACAUUAUUUCAGAUUGGUGGUACAGAAAGAUGACAGGUACUCAUAUGCUGAUAAAAUAGUGAGGGUGCUCCAGGGAACAGAACCCAAAGCAAGUAUUUCAUGCAUUGAAAACUGUGCUUGGAAUUUAAUUCUAUCAGAGAGAAUGUCUUUGUUUUUUAAUUGCACAAAUUGUGCCACGACCCGUGUCUUCUGUAAGUGGGCCAUUACAACAAGAAGAGUUCCCGAGGUACCAUUCGACUGGACAGAACAAAGUCUGACAGGGAGGAAUAAGAGUUAUGUGGCUAUCAAGCCUUUUGCUUUUAAGUCAUUUGCUGAGAGCACCUACGCGAUUUCUCUGCAAACAGAGACUUGGGGUGGGGUCAUCUCAAUGUUUAUACAUUCUUUUCUUAUCAACCACAGCCCUGAACUUGGAGAGUGCAAAAUUAAUCCAACACGAGGAAUUGCAUUUGUUACUAAAUUUGUCAUCAGUUGUAACAAUUUUAAGGACAAGGACAGCCCUCUCACAUAUAUGAUAAUGGCUUCUGAUUUUUCCGGUACUGCUGAAGUUAGUUCUGUACGAGAGAAUUCCUUGAGGGCCAUCCUGUACUUGGGGACUCUGUCCAGUACACCCCCUUCCUUUCUUCCAGUUGGUUUAUUGGCCAAUCAGGCCCUGAAGGUCUAUGUUCAGGUUUAUGACUCUGUGGGAUCUUUUACUCAAAAGACUUUGUAUGCCACUGUGGAGACGCCUACCAGCAUCUCCCCGAGAACCUUGCUGGAUCAGAUCCGCGAUGCUACCAUGGGACCAAACUCACUACUGUCGACCUUGCUUCAAAAUCGGGAUGUUUUAUCUGCAGGUUACCUAGUAUGUGUGGUAGCUUCUGUUUUGAAUACCAUGAGAACUGACUUAUCUCUCGUCGAUGCCAAAACCAGCAUACGAUUACACCUUCUCAAUGUGACGUCCCUUCUUCCUCUAACCACCCUGGAGGAAUGCAGCCAGGCUGUCGUGGCGUUUACUCUGUUAACCCAGGCAGGCCCCGAAUUUACCCAUGAUGUUCAGGAACUUGCUGUCACGGGUGUAUGGCAAGUAAAUCAAGCCCUCCAAGCUUAUAUAAAAACCAACACGCAACUCCAUAAUGAACAAAUAAAAACAGUGAUCACUGGAAUACUUAUUAUUUGGUCUUACAUCUUUAAGCAGAGACUGCCUCAUGAAGAUUAUAAAGAUCUUUUCUAUCUGAUGGAAUCUCUAGCCAAUACAAUACUCACUAGGCAAGUGCCGGGGACUGAAACCACAGCUCUGAAGAGCUCAAGUAUCAACGUGUAUGCAAAGAAAACUGAGAUGUGGGACGUUACUAAUCUCUUUGUCAACGAGCCAAACUGCCGAAACUGCUUCUACCUCACACUGCAUGUGAACAGUGUUCCUGACGUGCCUCUCAAUGGCCUGGUUUCUACGCUGUUUUUCGAGUUUGCAGAGGACCCUUUUCCUUGGCUAAACCAAGGGGUAAACAUUUCAGCAGAUGUGGUUGCAUUUCUAAUGACAGGAACCAAAGCUGAUGGUGAUGUGAUUGACAUCACGCCCGACGUAGUGGAAGUCUACAUCACCAGAAGAGACCUGACUCCUGCCCCUUUUAAUCUCACAGUGGGGCCCAACAGCGAGCCUGACGAGGGUGAUGACCCCUUGAAAAAGACGACCGGGGGGUUUCGCUUUGAAGUGGACAGUGAAGCAGUCAAGGAAUUGCUGGUCCACGUUGAGACCAACAUCACCGUACUGUUCACGGUGUUCGUGUAUGCAGGCAGCAGGAUCACGCCCACUGCUCUGAUGGCCACCUUCCUGGUGCCCCAUGACAUGCCUCCCUCUGCCAGCCAGAACAGCCUCUUCGAUGCAGCCUGCUCGGUGAAGAAGGCCCGUGUCAUCUGCUUUCCCCAGUCCCUGCUGCAGGUGAUGGCCCGGUACAGCAGCUCAUCCAGGUAUAACGUGUCUGUGGUUCUGCAGGCUCCGCAGUUUGUCUUGACGCCCAAUGAUGAACUCGUGAAAAUUACUCUUUUCAGUGUUCACUGUCUGAACAUGGACGGAAUCCAGAGUCAGUGGAGGGAAGACUGUGUCCUAGGUGAGAACACUAGCGGACACCAAGUGCACUGUAUCUGCAAGAACAGAGUGAGGACCAGGCGAGACCUGGGGUCUUCUUUUAACCUGGCCGGCAUUCAGCUGCGGGCCCACUUUCUGACGGCCAAGGUGUUUGUGAUCCCCAAUCCUGUGGACAUACAGCUGGAGACCUUUAAGACCAUCACGCAGAAUCCCGUGACCCUCUUCACAGUGCUCUUUAUCAUGCUCAUCUACACGGGCCUCGCUUUCUGGGCCUUGCACAGGGAUGAGCUGGACCCCGCGAGCAGGCACCAGGUGAUAGUCCUCCCCGACAAUGACCCUUACGACAACGUGUGCUACCUGGUCACCGUUUUCACAGGGAGUCGAUGGGGCUCUGGAACCAGAGCUGAUGUUUUUAUUCAGCUGAUAGGAACAGAGGGUACCAGUGAUGUGCACUGUUUAAGCCACCCACAUUACAGAACUCUUUACCGAGGAAGCAUCAACACUUUCCUGCUGACGACGGAGAGUGACCUGGGGGACGUACACACUAUUCAUGUGUGGCACAACAAUGAGGGCAAAGCACCCAGCUGGUAUUUAAGCCGAGUCAAAGUGGAAAAUCUCUUCACCAGGCACAUUUGGUUGUUCAUGUGCCGAAAGUGGCUUUCUGUGGACACGUCUCUGGACAGGACGUUUCAUGCCGCGAACAAAGAAGAACCUCUAAGCAGAAAGGACUUUUUCCUUAUUAGAAAUUCUUACGAGCUGGGAAAGAGUCACAUGUGGUUCUCUGUUUUUUCCAGUGUCGUCGCUAAGCCUGUCAACCGGCUACAGAGGCUGUCUUGUUGUUUGGCGGUGUUGUUGAGCAGUCUUCUUUGUAAUAUUAUGUUCUUUAAUGCCAAUCGAAAAGAAAAGCUGGGAUCAAAGAGACUCUACUACAUCAGACUGAUGAUGAUAGGAAUUGAAAGUGCCUUAAUCACAGUCCCUGUACAGCUAUUACUAAGUUUUUUGUUCACCUACUCCCAGAAGACAGCUAUUCAAAUGAGUCCAGGGGAGGUAGCGCCUCGAAAGUAUCCCCCUCUGUCAGAAGGAAAAGAAUCAUGGGAGGACCGUCUGAAAAAGUGGUAUAUUCAUGAAAUCCACAAGGAACAGACCAAAAAGUCUAGAAAGCGCACAUCUGAGGGUAAUCAUAAACGUCCUAGGGCCUCCAGCCAGUCAACCUCCAAACCCCAGGGCCAGCCUGGGGAAACAGAGACCAAGACCGGAUUGACACAGGACAGAAACAGGAAUUUGAACAGUAACAAUGAGAAUAUACUUUUUGAAGAGAGCCCUUCUGAAGAGACACCUAAGUUUAAACAGAAGAUUUUUUUGCCUUGGUGGUGUAUUUACAUAGCGUGGUUCCUGAUUAUUGCCAUUUGUGGUACCUCGUCAUUUCUCAUUGUAUUUUAUGGACUGACCUAUGGUUACGAUCUGUCAUUAAGAUGGCUCUUCACAUCUGCGUGUUCAUUCUUUCAGUCCAUUUUUCUGGUGCAGACAUCUAAAAUUAUGCUCUUGUCAUGUUUCAAAACACAGAAGACCAAGUACCAUGCGAACAUUCCGUGGACAUCUAAAUAUCAGUACACAGAGCUCAAGCUCGGGGAGCUGCAGAAGACUCCAGCAGAGAAGCAAAAGCAGCACCUCCAUAUCAAACACGUACAGGGCACCAGGAUGUACCAGCCCCUCACAGAGGAUGAGAUCAGAAUAUUCAGAAGGAGGAAGAAGAUCAAGAGAAGAGCGCUCCUCUUCCUAAGCUCUAUUCUGACACACUUUAUCUUCCUCGGCCUCCUGCUUGGCCUCCUUGCACUCCUGCGCCAUGAUGACAGCUUUUAUUAUAACCGGUUCAUUUGGGAUUAUUUCUCUGUGGACCUUGGUUCGGUCACAAAGUUGGAGCACAUCUAUAGGUGGCUAAACAAGGUGGUGGUACCUUUGUUCCACAAUGACCUGAAUCCAACAUUUCUUUUUGACAGUUCAUCUAAAAUCCUUGGCCUUCCGUUGAUGCGGCAGGUAAGAGCCAUGCCUAAUAGAAAAAAGUGUCUGUCUGACAAAAACCUAGUCCUCAAUGACAUCAAGUGGGAAAUUCAAUGUCAUCCCGAGUAUGGUAUAGAUCCAGAAGACACCCAAAACUAUUCCAGCUCUUGGCAGGAUGCUGGUAAGCAGGCUACUGGCAUGAACCCCAAUGGGUUUAUUUACCAACGACAAGAAAAGAAAUGGAUGUAUCACUCCUAUGGACUGUUACAUACCUACGGGCCAGGAGGCUAUGUAUUCUAUUUUUUCCCGGAUCAGCAGCAAUUUAAUUCCACAUUGCGACUGAAGGAACUCAAAGACGGUAACUGGCUUGAUGAGAAGACAUGGGCUGUGAUUUUGGAACUCACGACUUUUAAUCCAGAUGUGAAUCUGUUCUGCAGCAUUUCUGUCAUAUUCGAGGUUUCUCAGAUUGGGAUUGUAAACUCAAGUGCAUCUGUGCACUCUUUUGCACUUUCUGACUUCAAGACGAACCAUUUGGAGAUCUCCUUGUGCCUGGCCAUUCUUCUUUUUUUCUUAGCAUAUAUCAUCAAUGAGGGCCAUGUUAUUGUGGAACAACGAACCUCGUAUGUGAGAAGUGGGUAUAAUUUGCUGAAUUUGGUUUUGAAAUGCCUAUUCGCUGUUCUGAUUGCACUGCUUUUCAGGAAGUACCUCCUGACCACCGACAUCAUCACGUUUUACUUGUCUCAUCCUCAGGAUUUCAUCCCAUUUCAUGCUGUUUCUCAAGUAGAUCGCCUCAUGAGGAUAGUUUUGGGUUUCCUUUUAUUUCUGACCAUUCUGAAAACCCUCAAGUAUGCAAGAAUCUUCUACAAUGUGCGACUGGCUCAGAGAACCAUCCAAAUAGCUCUUCUGGGUAUCUGCCAUAUGGCCUUUCUGGUGUCUGUUUAUUUCUUCAUAUACGUGGCUUUUGGCUACCUAGUAUUUGGCCAGCAUGAAUGGAACUACAGUACCUUGAUUCAUGCCACGCAGACAGUAUUCUCUUACUGUACCUCAGCUUUUCAGAACACUGAAUUUUCCCGUAACUGGAUUCUUGAGGUCCUUUCCCUUGCAUCUUUUGUACUGAUCAUCAUCUGCACGUUGACCAACUUGUUUCGAGCAGUGAUCUUGUCUGCCUUUGAAGAGAUGAAACAGCCCGUGUAUGAAGAGCCGUCAGAGGAAGUAGAGGCUAUCACCUAUCUGUGUCAUAAGCUAAGGCUGGCGUUUCGCUGUUUGACCUUCCAAACCAGGUCCAAAGAUGACCCAGAGUUUGCCACUGAAAUGCUCUAUGGACAGCCAGAAAAGAAUAACCACCGUUACCUGGGGCUGAAGACCAGAAUUGUUAAUGGGAAGAAAAUGGUUUAUCUUGUAGUUUAA